AUGUACAACCCAGAACAUUACCAACAAGCUUAUGCAAACUUUGCAAUGACCCAAAAUCAAGAAUCACCGAGUUCAUCGAACGGACGCGCAACAACAACAUCAGCAGUUGCUUGCUAUGAGGAAAAUGACUGGCAAGGAUACUUAAAGGGUCGACGUAUGAGGACAGCCUUUACUAACACCCAACUCGAGGAAUUGGAGCGUGAGUUUCAACACUGUUUCUUCCUUCAUCGGACUCGUCGCAGUGAAAUCGCACAACACCUUGGGCUUAACGAGGCACAGGUUAAAGUGUGGUUUCAGAAUCGACGGAUGAAGAUGAAAAAGUCAUCGAUCACGGGGAAUGGUAACGAAGAUUUGAGGACUUCCCGGACGGAUCACAUGAUAGGGAGGAAGCUGAUAUCAUGUGAUCCAAAAACUGUAACAACGACUUCCCCUACUCUAACCAAAUCACUUCCAGUGAUAAAACCGUUGGAAGCCAAGGUUUUAAGGAAACCUCUCGAAGAGCAAAACAAUCUGCCUGAAGUUGUACGAAAUAGACCCGGCUUUCCGAAUAUAGUACAAAACCGGUCAGCAAGGACAUUCAAGCCACAGGUCAUUGUCCAAAUACCGGCGGCUAUACGGUUGUUGCAAGCAACUUCGAAUACCCAAAUAACCCAAUUAUCGCAGCACAGGAUCAUCCGGUUUCCGACUGUGGUCAAACCAGCAAUACAGCAAAUACUGCCUGCGCCUUUGCCAGUGAACUGCGAUUCACUUCUCCUGCCACAACUUCAGGCGAAACAAUUCCCAGAAACUCACAACACUACAAAGAUCCCUGCAGAAAAUCUGUUGCAACAACCGUGUCAAGUAUCCCGGGUUGAAACAAACGAAGAGGUAUUCCUACCACAGAUCUCGUUUGGAGAUGAAUUUUCGGAUGUCACUGUAGAUCAACCAAUUUCAGAACCAGCAAAUGAUCAACAAAUAGGCCAUGAAGAUUUUCUUUCGGCUCUAGAUGAACUUCUGGGAAUGAAACCAACUGAGGGCACAGCACAAACAGAGGGUGUUCUGCAGAUAUAA